GUGCAGUGCACCUGUAUAAGAGCAGUCUCUGCUUGCAGUAAUUGAGUUGCACUUCUAAGGGGAAACAUGGGGCUGAAGCUUUCUGGAAGGAUUCCCUGGAUUUUCCUGCUUUUUGGCCUGGCUGCUGGUUUUCCUUCAGAUUCUCCUUCUGAAGUUGAGCCAAGAGGAUUCAGCUCUGAGUCUGCUCCUGAGGAUGUUUCCCCAAGGACCUGGUUUAUGCCCCUGAAGGACAAAACUGUCAACUUCCCUGUGCCACCCAAGUCAGGAAUAUCCUCUUCUGGUGGCACCAGCUCAAGGGUCUUUGCUACUGGUGGCAGUACUGGGUCUAAAUUCUUCUCUGCUGGUGGUGCUGGGUCUGGCGUCUUCUCCGCUGGUGGUGGUGGCGGGUCUGGCGUCUUCUCCGCUGGUGGUGGUGCUGGGUCUGGCGUCCUCGUCUCCGCUGGCGGUGGUGGGUCUGGGACAUUCUCUGCACUAGGGGUUUUCCAGGAGCUGUUGGGACUGGGGAGGAACUUGAUGAGUAUUCGUCCACUGAGCCUUGGUCAGGCCUGGAGCAAUAAUCUCCACGUGGCCUUUGGCAGUGUUGCGAAACGUCCUCGGUAUCCUUCCUCCUACGUCAUCCUCUCCAACAGCGCCUACCAACGAGAAAGGGAUGGCCGUACUAAUUCCAAAUACAUCAAGGAUACUUCUGGCCACGUUCCUCUAUCUGAAAGCCACUCAGGACAAAUGGGUGGAACUGGAUCUAAAGGGCACCAGGUCCAGAGAGGUUGAACGUCGGCCAGAAAAAGUGAAAUUGAAUGAAUAAAGCUUUCCUGGGUGUA